CCGGGCGGAAGCGCGGCCGUGACCGGUUUCCCGCAGUGGCGGCGGAGGGUUCCGCUAUGGAGGGGCCGGGGCCGGGUUCGGGUUCGGGCGCUGCGGGGCGGCUGCUGACGGAGGACGAGAUGGCCGAGGUGAAGAAGGAUGCAUUAGAAAGGAUGCGUCCUUACCUGUGUGAUAAAAUCAUAGCUGAGAGACACUUUGAUUACCUCCGUUCAAGGAAAAUACUCACUAGAGAGGACACGGAAGAAAUUUCUUCUCGAUCUUCCAGUAGGAAGAAAACUGGGAAGUUAUUGGACUACUUAGCAGAGAACCCAAAGGGACUAGAUGUUUUGAUUGAAUCUAUCAGACGGGAAAGAACACAAAACUUCCUGUUACAAAAGAUAACUGAUGUAGUGUUGAAAGUCAAAAAUGAAAAACUUGAAGCUCUCAAAGGUCUGAGCUGCAGCACCUGUAUGACUUCACUGUAUGGAGGAACAAAUAAUCUUUCUAGAUCAUAUUCUGAUGAAUCUAAUUUUUUUGAUAAAACAAAAGACAAAGAAUCUACCCAGAUACAUCACCCGGAAGAAGAUUACAGCACUGCCGCAUUUGUGUCUGCCGUCUCUCUUCAUUCAAUGAAUUUACCAAUUGCAGAGAUGGGAAAUGCAGAGAGUGCUGUUUUCUCAGCCACCCUUCCAGGGCCUGGAGACCCCGGGGCUCCCCCGCUCCCGCCAGAGCUCCAGGCAGAGCAGCAAGAACCGUGUAGUAGUUCAAGUGAAAAUUGCUUUCUGCCUUUAAGGUCACGUUCUCUUCAGCCACAGUCAAUGUAGUGACUUUUGUCUGUUCAUUCAGAUGGUACCGAAACUUGGUGUGAUGGCUCGUAAAGGUUAAAGCAAUGUUUUCAAACUGUUAACUAGGAAAAUCAGAGGCAACAAUCCAUUUACUGCUUUGAGGAGUAAUUUCUUUUUUUUUUUUUCUUAAUAAUUUGAUGACUGGAGCUGCUUGAUUUAAUGUUCUCUGGGAGCUUUUUUCCAAAAGAUCAUGGUAUUAUACCAGCAAAAGGUUAUUUUUUAAACCAGUGUAUUUAAGAUUUCACAGUUAGCUGCAGAUACAGAACAUAUGUGGUUUUUUCUUCCUACAGAAACUAACAAGUCUGCUUUUCUUAAUGUUUUUGUGACAGGUGAAUUGGGAAAGAUGGUUAGGAAAGAUAUUGAGUAUUGAAAAAUAAAUUCCUGAACUAAAAGCUUAAGCUUACUUACCAAACAGCUUGAACUCAUUUACCAAAUUAGAAUUUACCUUACAGAGAAACAUUUGCCCUCUACAUAGGUGUGUGCAGCUCCAUUUGCAAAACAAAACCCAAACUGAAAAUCAAAGUCUGUAGUUACACUUAUUUGCAAGAAGUCUUGUAAUUGUCUCAACUUUGUCCUACUAGUAAACCAAAAGGCACUCAGUAUCGUAGUGAUUUGAGUUGGCAAAUAUACUUCCACAAGUCUUGGCAUAUUAUUCUUGUGUAUUUGUUAGAGAUUUCUGAUUUGACGUGCACUUUAAAUUCUCAUUAGUACUGGAAAAGGAAUGUAAACUGCUGUAACAGCAUCAUGUGGGCUAUAAGACAGUGUUAUUUUAUAAUGCUCUUAAGGAGCAAAGCUUGUAUGUUUUGUCCUAGUAGGUAAGUAGAAGAGUCCUGUAGCAAGAACACAUCCAUACUGAAGGACUCUUGGAAAUGUUGCACUUCAGAUACCUACUCUUAAAAGCAGAUAGACAGGUUUACAUUUCAAAUUGUUUAGAGUCAAAUGCAUUUUAAACUAUUUCAACAUGGGAAGGUUCUCAUUUCUUAACACAGUGUAACAUUCUUUAUUCCUCUCACACUCUAUUCUUGUCAUCUUCUUGUUCCAAAGUUGGCCUGUAAUCACUUUAAAAUUACUUGGCAAAGACAAACUCAUAUGUGGAAAUGCGUACAGUUGUGUUCUGCAGUGCUACACUUUAAAGUCAUGGGAUGUUUUCAGCAUAUCAAAGGAUAGGUUUCUGUUUAAGGCUUUAAAUUAUUUUGGCUCUCAGGCAGGGCUUAUAGCCGUGUAAUUCUAUUCAAAUUCAAACCCAGGUAGUAUUCCUAAGCUGUGUUCUCCCUUUGUGGAGACAGGCCAUCAGCAGGACCUCAAUACAGCGUCUUUUUUCUUCAUAAUGUUUACUCUGGUUUUGGAAGUAGGUUAAAAUAAACUGCAGUGUCCAACUACCCUCCAUACUUAGUAUAUGAAUAGCUUACAUUCGAUAAAGAUGUGGGCUUCUGCUCAGUGUUUAUAAAAAUCCUCAUUUUUCUUAUAUACCUCUAAGGUCAUGAGGCUGCCUGGAUGGUGAAAGUGCUCUUUAGCAAAAGUGAUUUGUUCAGAAGGUACUCUGGAAGCUAAGUGCCUAAAUAUGUAAGCAAAAUUUUGCUCUCUUAACAUGAAAUUAAGGGAAGGCUUAAAUCACCCUCUUCCAUUAACUUGAACUGUAGUCACAUGUGCUUGGGAUGUCUAGAAUUUGAUUUGUCUAAAUACCCACUGUAACCACUUGAAGAGCUGUGCUCAGGUUUGGGUCCCUCCAUGGGUUCUUGUCAGCGGAGGACAGUGAGCAAGCUUGGCCUUAACUGAAACAGAGCAUCAGCUCGGGGUGAAGACUGCCCUGCAGAUAGAAAUCCAACCACCAGCGCACCGUGCAGGGAUCGCUCCUGCACGCAGCCUGCUUACCUGAGGCUUUGAAUGAAUGUAUUAUCUUACCAAAUGGUUGUAACGUGCUUUUUCUUUUUUAAAAAUGGAAAUAUUUUUAUCACAACUUUUGGAAUAAAUUCUUUUGUAUAACAGCC